CCGUGGAGGAUAGGUCGUUGUUUGGUCGUAUUUUUCUGCGCGGUAAUAAUUUCUCACGCGAGUUCAAAUGUGCAUAGUGUUUAUCUAAAAGUGAUCGUUCGUAUUUAACAGUUUAUUUUCGUCCGAUCGGAUAAUUGAACGAAACAAAAUAGUUUAAAACGAAGCUUAUUUUUGGUGAAUAAUUGCAGUGAAUUUUGAUGUGAGAGUGUGAGGACGGGAGUAUCGUAGUGAAAUAAAUAAAAUAAAAAAGGAAGCAAGAGAGAAGAGAGUGCGUGCGCGAUCGAGCGUUUAGAAAAGCGCAAAGCGAGGAAGUAACACGCAACGUUACACACGUCCGCGUUAUUAUUUUUUCUUAUUAUCUUAAUCUUAGUGAGUAAUUGUGCAUACAUGCUAUGAUCUGGGAUAUAACUGGAUAUACUUGAGGAGGAUAGAACGGUGAUAUAAGAAGAGAAAAAAAGGAUAGCGAGGAGCGACGGCAACGAGGUGGAGGCAUCACCAGGGAAGGCCGCGGCCUCGUCCUACCCUCUUGGAGGAAUUCUCGCCACAAGAUGUACCCCAGUGCUGGCAUAAAUGCGGCAGCUGUGGCCGUGGCAGCUGCGGCACGACACCCGGGACCACCACAACCAGGCCAGCCAUUCAAGUUCACAGUGAACGAGUCUUGCGACAGGAUCAAGGAGGAGUUCAGCUUCUUACAAGCGCAAUAUCACACAUUGAAGAUGGAAUGCGAAAAAUUGGCUACAGACAAGAUCGAGAUACAACGGCAUUAUGUGAUGUAUUACGAGAUGUCGUACGGCCUCAACGUCGAGAUGCACAAACAGACCGAAAUAUCGAAGAGACUGAGCGCCAUUAUCGCUCAGAUGCUGCCGUUUCUUUCUCAGGAUCAUCAACAGCAAGUUGCUUCGGCUGUCGAAAGGGCGAAACAAGUUACCAUGGGGGAGCUCAAUUCUAUAAUUGGGACGUUGCAACAACAGAGGACCGAUAUUCCACGUCUACUGCAGCAAAUACACGCUCAACAACUGCCAGGAGCGGCUAUAGCUGCCCAUCCAGGAAUCCCGGGUCUUCCUGGAUUAGGACCAGCUGGUGGUCUUCCGGUACCAACUUCCACUUCCGCGACUUUACUCAGCCUUGGAUUGACUCCGGGAACAGCAGCAACACCCGGAACGACUACUGCUCACCCGCUUUCGAUGUUAGCUAAACCAGAGAUUCAUCGUGGCCAACCGGAUGAUCUCAAAAGCAACGGUGGUCAGUUUUUUAGAUAUCAUCCGGGCGAUUAUAUCGAAAACCUAUCAAAUCUAGACUAUUAUAUGCGAUAUCCAUACCCAUACACAAGUCUUAGCUCGACCGAGGAGAGACACAGAAGUUCCAUAUCUCCCGGUGACAAGUACAGUCGACCACGAACACCGCAAGAGUCCCAUCACGGUCAUCAUUCCCAGAACCAUCACGAUCACUCGAUGCACAUAAAGAAAAUGAAGAAGGAACAGGACAAGGACAUCGGACACAGCGACGGAGAGAAGAGCGAUCAGGAUCUAGUGGUGGACGAUGCGAGCGAGGGUCCGACGAGUCCGGUGGUCAAUGGAAGGUCGUCUCCUCGAGAAAAUGGCAUAGACAAGGUGGUAGUGGCACCAUUGGGUAGCAGCGUGCAAACGAAAAAAGACAUUACACCGCACUCGCCUAGAAGUGGGACGAGUAGCAAUGCGAGCACACCUUCGGCCAAAAAAAUGGAAGAACGUGAGAAAGCUACGACACCGAUCUCGAAGUCUCUCACACCCACUUCUGGUUCGGUUGUCGGUGGCGGUGGUGGUAGUGGUAGUGCCGGUGGUGGUGGUGGUGCUAGUGCUGGUUUAAAAACAUCGGCUUCGGCUAAACUUUUACAAGGUCCACCAACCGGUGCUGCGGUACCUGGUCCUUACCCUCCUCAUUAUCCACCCGGGCCACCUCCCCAUCAUCUCGGGCCAGCUGCUCAACAUCCUCACGUUGACAUGAUCGGCUACAACGGUUAUGCGCCACCUAGAGCACCGCCUUCUCUUCAACAACUCUAUGAUCCCCACGUCACGAUGAGGGCACCUAUUGUCGGCGCGGUUGGUGUACCCGGCGGCAAACCAGCUUACAGUUUCCAAGUGUCGGGCGACGGACACAUGCAACCGGCCAGCUUCCCUUUAGAUGCUUUGAUGGCAAGCGGGAUACCGCGUCACGCGCGUCAGAUUAAUACCCUAAGUCACGGCGAGGUCGUGUGCGCGGUCACGAUCUCCAAUCCGACCAAGUACGUUUACACCGGCGGCAAGGGAUGCGUCAAGGUCUGGGACAUCAGUCAAGGCGGGAGUGGCAGCGCGAAGCCGGUUUCUCAACUAGAUUGUCUACAACGAGACAAUUACAUUAGAUCAGUGAAGUUACUACCGGAUGGUAGGACGUUGAUAGUUGGCGGGGAGGCAAGUCAAUUGAGCAUUUGGGAUUUGGCGAGUCCAACGCCAAGAAUCAAAGCGGAAUUAACCUCAUCGGCACC